AUGAGCUUUGAAGCAAACGCCGUUGAAAGGACCCGGCUCAGCGAGAAGGACUACGCAAAGCUGAGUUUGCCCGGGCCAACCAGGCGUAGCAACAUCCCUGCAGAGAUGGGCUUCUCAGCUCAGGAGCCUGCCAAAGCAGCGUCUCCCCUUGUCGACGACGAAGCCGCGCUCGAGUUCAAGACCGAGAAGGCCAAAGCUGAGCUGCUGCGGCAGAUAGACUUCAUCGUCGCAGAGUCGGCCAUGGGAUUGGCAGGCGAUCUGCUCUUCUUAGAAAGCGACUGGGCAAAUGCGCCGUUCCGAUCGUCGCUUCAGGAGAUCGCUCAGCUGGGCCCGGAGUUCGAUCAUGUACUUCAGCAGGAGCAGUCACCGGAGCUGUCGCUGGUGCACGAGGAGCUGGUGGCAAGCUGUGCCUCCGUCAUGCAAGAGUUCCCCAGCGGAACCAUCCCCGCAGACCGUCGGGCCGAGGCGACCAAGGAGAAGCCGGGAACCCUGCGCGCCAAAGCGGUGCGCAUCCGUGGGAGCACGGAGUCCGCGUAUCCCUUCGUCAAGGCCCUGACCCAGGAGGCGGGGCCCGGGGCUCUGGGCCAAGUUCCUCCGGAAGCGCUGAAAGAUGAGCGGCUGCAACUGAUGGAUCCUGAUGGAAUCCAGGAAUAA